CAAUGGAAUAUUAUGCUGCUGGUACUGAUUAAGUCUAAUAUACAUUUUAUUUUGAUUUCACUGUAACAAUUGAAAGAGCUUCAGGUGCUCCAGUUGAGACAGCUUUCAGACCAUUAAGUUAUUAAUCAACAGUUGGUUGUACAACAGUGGAAAAAUGUAUAGCCAAAGCUGAUACUAAAAUAAACUUUUGUUAGGAUCCAUCAGCUUGCACUAAUUUUGCUAGCACUCCUUUAGAUCUCCAUCUAAAUGAUCAAUUUAUUAUUUAAUAAAAAGUUACUACUACUGGUUUGACUGGUUAUCAUUUAACAGGAACUGAAGUUUGGUAUACUGGUAAUGGAUUGAAUAAGAAAGCAAAUAUUGUUAAUCUUGAUAAUUUAAAACCAGGAGCGGUUAACAUUACAUUACAAGCUGAAAUUGCUUGGAGAAACGUCACAAUUAAGGUUACUUCAAUUUUGGGAAAUACUUAAAACGGAGGAAAAAGAUUGUUAGCUUAAACUACUUAUGAUACUAUCACUGGAGAAACUAAUAUUAUUGAAUGCAUCAAAGCUGAAAGACAAGAUACAUGUGGCAUGUGUGAAGAAGAAUGUUUAGCCAAUGGAUUUGCCCGUUCUGACUGUUCUUGUGAAUAUUGUUGUUCAGCUCAAUAGACAGCUUUUAUUUUCUUGGCUUUAUUCAUUGCUUUAUUCUUUGCAUUAAAAUAUUGAAAUUCAAU